GAAGAAGAAGAAAAGCGGCGACUGCGGCGAUAAACAAAUUCAAGCCGCUGAGUUUCGCGUCCUCUGGAGCCGGCGGCGCUUGUCGGGACUCGCUGUUGUCACCGGGGGACUCUCGGGGAAAGAGACCUUCUUCAUGGACAGCGUCUGGAUCGGAGCCGAGUUAAAAAUCCCGGAGUUUGUUUGAUAAAACUCGAGGGUUUGGCUGCACCUUACCCCCUCCCCGUCCUCCGCCAGCCCCGAGCCUGAGGAGGCUUAUGUGACACUUGAACGUCCCGGCGGAGAAACGAGCAGACAUGACGGAGCUGAGGAAGCGAGGCGGGGGCGGAGGUGACCCUGACAGCGCGGAGAAUAUCACCGACAAGAGGGCUGAUGGUGACGACAGGCUGGGCCUGCCAGCUGACGCAGAGGAGGAAUGUGAUGUUGACUCCAAAAUAGACACUCCAGAUGUUCCUCUCUCCACAGCUGACAUGGACAACACUCCAGAAUGUCUGACCAAAGCUCUGGAGGGGCUGCCGCCCAGGUGGAAGAAUUACUGGAUCCGAGGAGUUUUGUCCAUAGCCAUGAUUUUGGGCUUUUUCCUCAUCAUCUAUAUGGGACCCAUCUCUCUCAUCUUUUUGGUCAUGUUUGUGCAAAUCACCUGUUUCCAUGAAAUCAUCACCAUCGGCUACAGAGUUUAUCAUUCCUACGAGCUGCCUUGGUUCAGGACGCUGAGCUGGUACUUCCUGGUCUGUGUCAACUACUUCUUCUAUGGUGAAACACUGGCGGAUUACUUUGGGGCUUUGGUGCAGAGGGAGGAACCUCUGCAGUUCCUGGCUCGCUAUCACCGCUUCAUUUCUUUCGCUUUGUACCUGGCAGGUUUCUGCAUGUUUGUGCUGAGUUUAGUGAAGAAACAUUACCGCCUGCAGUUUUACAUGUUUGCUUGGACCCAUGUGACCCUGUUGAUUGUGGUAACUCAGUCCCACCUUGUCAUUCAGAACCUGUUUGAAGGAAUGAUCUGGUUUAUUGUUCCCAUCUCCAUCGUGAUCUGCAACGACAUUGGGGCCUAUCUGUUUGGAUUCUUCUUUGGCAGAACGCCACUUAUCAAGCUCUCACCCAAGAAGACAUGGGAGGGCUUCAUCGGGGGGUUCUUCUUCACGGUGGCGUUUGGCUUCCUUCUGGCCCACUUCAUGUCCCAGUUCCAGUACUUCGUGUGUCCGGUGGAGUUCAACAGCGACACCAACCGGUUCACGGUGGAGUGUGAGCCCUCGGACCUGUUCGUGAUGCACGAGUACAUGCUUCCUGCGGGGCUGCAGAACAUCUCCAGCUGGAAAACUGUGACCCUGUACCCCUUCACCGUCCACAGCGUGUUCCUGUCGUCCUUUGCGUCUCUCAUCGGGCCGUUCGGUGGCUUCUUUGCCAGCGGCUUCAAGCGAGCGUUCAAAAUCAAAGACUUUGCCAGCACCAUCCCGGGACACGGCGGCAUCAUGGACCGCUUCGACUGUCAGUAUCUGAUGGCCACGUUCACUCACGUCUACAUCGGCAGCUUCGUCAGAGGCCCGAACCCCGGCAAGGUGCUGCAGCAGCUGCUGAUGCUUCAGCCCGAGCAGCAACUCAGCAUCUUCCACACCCUGUACUCCCAGCUGAGAGAGAGGGGGCUGCUGCCCCCCGCCGCCCAGGCCGAGUGACCGCGCGCCUGCCUCGCAGCGUCAGGACCCGAGGAGUGUGUGAGGUGCUUCUGGCAGUGGGGCUAAGCACGUGCGCACACAUCCACGUACAUAUGCACAUUAGGUUUCACGUUGUGUAAUUUAAGACAGAGCAUCAUCAUCAUCAUCCUGUUGGCUUCCAGCUCUAAAUCACAGCUUUGAACCUGAAGCGACAACAAGCAACAAAAAAUAAAAACUGCUCUGUCAGCAGGAAGCCGCCAUCCCUAAACCCUUUCAGAGUAAAAGAUUCAAAGCUGAAGUGACUUUAAGGCACACGGCAGACUGACGAUGUGAACCGCUAACUUUGCACUGACUUUUAAACUUUGAAAGAAGAAAGAUGAAAUGAAGUGAGAACUGGGCCAACCAAUGCACUGCUGCCUCACGAGUGAAGCCACGACGCAGCGCGGCUGUCGGACUUCCUGUACAAACUGACGUCACAGCAUCACAACAUGCAGCAUGCACGCUGGUUCUGCCUUAGGCUUCUGCUAAAUGAAACCAUUUAUUCUGUUUCCUCAGAGGUGAAGUACUUCCGUGUUUUACAUUCAUUCUGACUCGACGACUUGCACAAUACUGGUCCGAACAGAUCGACUUUAGGCAUGCUAACGUAGAGCAUCAUCGGCACACUCAAAACUUGAAGUAAUGUACAGAAAUAUACUGAAAUAUUUAGCUGAG